AUGGUCUCUCUCUCCUACUUCAAGAAGCUCGGCGGGCUAAGCUCACUCGUCGUUCUUCUCGCUGCCUCCGCCGCCGCCAAAGACGUGGCAGUAGUCGAUGUCGUCGAUGAUACCGCGUGCAUUGAGAAACUCCUCGACAAUCACGACUGGGAAGCCGAGAACUCGACUCUUGCCUGCGGCUCGACUUUCUCUCUUGUCGAGGGACCAGCCAUUGUAGCUCGCCAGGCCCACGGCACCUGCCAGGCUCAGACGUAUACCUACCGCGAGCACCGCGUCGUCGCGUCGGGCACAUGGUGGGGACCUUGGAUCAAGUCCUCGGGCUGCCUCUACUGUGAAUUAUCGAGCGGAGAAUGCAUCAAGGAGUUCAACUGGGGCCGCACCCAGACCACGUCCUUCUCGAUCGGCUUCGGAAUGGACUCGGUCCCCGAUGUUAAGAGAGCUAUCAAUGCUGCGCCCAACCUCAAUUUCGGCUACUCUUGGUCUGAGUCCAAGUCCAUCGGCGGCGCUACCCGGUGCACCGUGCCAGCGAGAAGCAAGGGCAGUUACUGGACACAGAUGCUCAUGGGCUGGUCCGACAGUCAGAGCAGAACUGUCAGGAAGAAGAUCACUAAGCUGUGCACGGCCACUUUUGAGUACGAUGGCUGGGGCGGCUCUGGACACGCUGACUGGCCUAUCACCAAUGGUCACACGGUCAACGAGGGAUGCAGUACCGGCGCGGCCGCCGAGUGCCCCUAG